UUUAUUUGCGACCUUUUGAAAAAUUUCAUCAGAAAUAACGACAAGCUUCAAAGAUGUUGGUGAGAUUUAUUCCAAGAGCAUGCCGCCUGAUAACCAGCUGUCCGAGGUGGAUGAGUUCCAGGAGAAAUGUACCAAUGUUUUGGCAUCGAAGAGAUCCCUGGGAUUCCGUUAGAAAUGACAACUUUUUCGUCAAACCUUUUGAAUCUCAGUUUCGGGAUAUGGCGAAGGUGUUUGACAAUUUUACGCGAAGUCCAUGGUAUAAUGAAGAUUAUGUCAGAUCAAAAGAAGUAGCUGAGGCAUUUGCGAAAUCUGAAGUUGCAGAAGUCAAAUAUGACAGUAGGAAGCUGGAAAUAAAAUUAGAUGUGUCUAUGUAUUCACCGGAGGAACUUAAUGUCACCAUAGCUGAAGACAGACUGAUCAUCAAAGGAAAGCACGAACAGAAAGAAGACAAUCAUGGUUUCAUUACACGAGAAUUCAAACGGGAAUUUGUUAUUCCAGAGAAUAUUGACGUUGAUGGAAUAACUUCUACUUUAUCCGAAGAAGGCAUGUUAAUGAUUCAAGGCAGAGCAAAAGGCUCAGAAGAGGCGAAGGAACGAGUCGUUAACAUUGAACAAGAAAAGAAAGACGUUAACAUUGAACAAGAAAAGAAAGAAGAUAGUUGACUCUAGAAUCAUGUCAUUUAUAUUUCUUUGGUCGUUAUAUUCAAACAUUGUCAUGUCAUCAUGAAGUAGAUGAUUGUUCAACAGUUCAUUUUCCAUUUUGAAUGUGUAUAUGUUAAAUAAGUAAAUAAAUCAAUAGAAUUUAA